CGCAAAAAUCAUGAUAGUCGAUCAUGACAAUGAUCGAUGCUAAAUGUUUAGGAGAUAGAACUGUCAAAGCAAAAGUGUAGUGAAGACAGGGCACAUGAAGUGUAAUUUGAAGAGUUAUUCUUGAAUUAUUGAAAUUAUUACUCUAAAAUAUUAAUCUACUUACAGCUAAAAGUUAAAAUGCUUAAGAAUAGAUUCAUGCUAUAUUAACCUAGUUUAUCACAGAUGAAACUACAAUGAAUGCACAAAGAUGUUACGGCUGAAAUUGUUAAUUAUUAUCCUAAAAUAAGCGUAAGACCGAAUAAUGUGAGUGUAUUGUAAAACUAUAAGAUAUCAUUGAACUAAACAUGCAAAUAUAUUUCAGCUUUUAGCUGUUUCGCACCUGCAUAUCAGAGUUUGCGAUCUGCUUCGAAGAAUUCGGCUGUGAGCCUCAUGUAACCCCCUCCGGACCCCCUUUUCACCGUAACAUACUAAAAGAUUAUUCGAAGCGAUAGAAUCGCCAAAUGAAACCCGGUCGGAAAGCUGCGAAAACCUCUCGCGCACCGAUACGAGGUACAAUACGUCGUGGAUACGACAGCCUUCCUCAUCAGAGAAUAUGUCAACAUGCAGCAGCUUUGCCCGCAUUGCCCUUCGAUUAAGUCAGAUCGAUGAAGAGCGCGCAAUCCAGCAGCGCGAAUGGGCAUUGCAGAAAAGGGCAUUCGAACUAGAGAAGCUGGAACUGCAAAUGAAAUAUAGCCUGCUGCAACAACGGUUGUCAAAACGCAGAAAUCCGUCCAGUCAUGACAAGUCCGCAGCUAAGAGACAGCAAAUUGCUGUAAGCUGUGAAACCGAGCAUUCUUCCGAAGGUAAACCUUCUCCCGACGGGUCAGCUGAUAUUAACUCAUUUGAAGAGCACAAUUUGUUGGUCAAUUCAACCGAUCGCUCGCGACCCUCUCGACUGUAUGGCACUCAGCAGCAGAUUAACGGCGCGUUUGCCUAUACUAUGCCUAUACCAAACCCAGAAGAUGUUAUUGUGGGCAAACCUAUUGGAUUGAAUGAAGAUUGCCCUAUGCUCUCCGAUCCUGCAACAAUUAAGGAGAAAAAUGAGAUAUUCUCCUCUCAGCCGAGUCCGAACCAACUUCUGGCGACAAAAUUAAGGUCAGUCCGAGUGAGAUCAAUUUCACUUGUGUCUUCUCAUGUUGAAUGCUCACUGUCACGUCAUGAGCACACGCUUGCUCAGCAUUUGCCUCACAUCAGUUCAAUAAGCCCUCCAUCGUCUGUACCGCUGGAUAUGCCUGACCCUGCCCCUCCUCCUGCGCAGCCACACUUGUUUGUGAUGAAGCUUCGGUCAUCGGAUUGUUUACUUCUGAAUUUACAAAUAAUGGGGAGUGCAUUCGUCAACAAUACUAUAGCGCGUGUGUACUCCACCAUCGACAACAUCGGAGAGCAACGACAAUGUUUUGGAGAAGCCAAGCAACUUUCCAUACUGGACGUUGGGAACUGCGAAACGAUCAUUAUCGACAGGAACAGCGGCCAGAAACUAGUCAACGGUAACCUAGUAAUUGUGAGUAAACCGUUCUGCUUAUCAAGCACUUGUCUGGUUCGGGAGCAGACAGAUCGAUUUCCGAAAUUUGCUAGGACAACGUGGAUGAACAACAAAAGGUAUUCCUGGAAAGUGAGUUGGGAAGUGUUGGACACUACAACGCUGUGCGCAGCUGAAGUUGUCAAUGAAGGUUCAGCCGCGUCGUCGAAUAUGAGGAAAAAGGAAUCAAUGAAUGCCUGUACAAAUGCCUUCAGUAUGUACAUGUACUCUAGCAGAGUCUUCCCGGAAACGAGUAACAAGUGCGAACUCCACUUCUAUGCUGGUGUGUGGUACAUUGAAUCAAGUAUGAAAGUUACUUCUCGCACGAAGCAACAAGGGUACACUAAGGUCUUUUUUUACACGGUUUUUUUUUACACGGUUUUUUUUUACACGGCUUUUUUUACACGGUUUCGCGAAUUAACACGGUUUUUUUUUACACGGAUUCGCGAAUUAACACGGUUUUUUCAACUUUCUCGCGCUAAGUGUCUAGAAAGGAACUUCUACUAUAAGGAAGAAAUGUGAUUUAUGGGAAAGGGUUACAAGGGAGUUGAAAAGUGGUAUGAGGUGAAGGCGGAUGAUGAUGUAAGAGGUCUGCAGGAAAGGGAUGUGUGGGGGGUCUUUUUCUUGAAGGAGGGGGGGGGGUUAAUAUAUGGGGGGUUAGGAGGGGUUAAAUGGGGGGUUUCCUAAAGGUGAUUUUUGUAGUAUGGUUCAGCGUCCUACAGGUCCAUGGAGCAUAGUUCUGAAGAGAAGUAAUUUUAUUCAAGGAUAUUUUAGGGCAUCCAAGAACUUCCGCGAAUAAAGGCCUUAAGAUCUAUAAGCGUAAUGGAUGGGUUGUAGUCACAUUACUGAUACGGUGCAACAUCCUAAAGGUCCUCAGAGCAAAGUUCUGUAGAGACGUAGUUUUCAAAGAUAUUCUAGGACCUCCUAGAACUUC